CGGACACCUGCUUUAACAAGUGGUUUACAGAUAACUUAGAAUUUAAAGAGAGAUUUUGAUUUACUACUUUAGUUGAGUAGAAAACUGCUUAUCAUAAACAACUGACUAAGUAGGUACCUAUAUAAAAUGAGUUUCGCGGUAAAUAUAGUUUCGUUCAUCGGGAUUCUUUCUGUUCCCACAUUGGCAAUAACACAAAUGAAUACUUGUUCCAAUACAACAGGGAUUUAUCCAAAUGUAACAUACUCAGUAAACUCUUACGUUUGUGAUCGAAGUCCUUGCCUCUGUGUACCUGGCUGUACUUCAAGUUUAAGCGUCGAUUUUCAAGCACCAAAGUAUUUGGAAAAAAUGAGACCUAAAGUUCAUGCAACUUGCUUGAAUGUACAAUUGGACUAUCCCUUAAAUCAAGAUGACGUUUGUGUGGGCUUUACAAAUACGCAGUGUCCGAUUGUGGAAAAAGAGAAAGUUAAUUAUAAAUAUAAUUUGAAUAUAGGGACAAUAUUUCCAGAGGUAACGGUCACUCUAAGAUUUUCAUUCAUAGACGAGGACACGGCCCCGAACACCGAAGUUUUGUGUUUUGAGUUCGAUAUAAUUAUUAAGAAAACUGAGUGUCCGGCUUGAAAAUGAGAGCUGAAAGCUGGAUACUUUACACUGUGAUUUACAAAGCCCGUGCAUUAGAAGUUUUCCAGAUUGCACAUACCUAUAAUAUAUACAUGCCUUUUUUAUUUUUUUUAUUAUUGUGCUUAUUGCUUAUUUAUUAAAAUAUAUGAAGGUAUAACGGGUCUUUCCCACUCAACUGAA